UAUUCUUGUCGCCGUUGGCGCUUAUAUGGCAUUGGGAUUUCACAGCUGAAGUAGAUCAAGAAUCUAGUGUUUGGAAUAUCUUUGUUUUCUGUAGCGGUGAAAAUGUCGCACCACGAUUUACCAUUUCAAGCCGAAUAUGCCAAAAGUGGUCGCUCUGGGUGUAAAGCCUGCAAAGGGAACAUCGCCCAGGGUUCCCUUCGUCUUGCAGUUAUGGUACAGUCUCCUCACUUUGAUGGCAAGGUUCCUAACUGGUUUCAUUAUGCUUGCUUUUGGAAGAGGGCAAAGUGCCACAAUGCUGAUGAUAUUCAUAACAUUCACAGUCUAAGAUGGGAGGAUCAAGAGAAAAUCAAAGCACAAAUUGGAAAAGGAGGGGGAGGAGAUGAUGGUGGUGCUGCAUCGACUGAAGAUUUCAAUACUGAAUACGCUAAAUCUGGUAAAAGUCGCUGCAGAGGAUGUGAGGAGAAUAUUGCUAAGGAUAGCCUUCGCAUCAGCAAGAAGGAAUAUGAAUCUCAGAGAGCCAAGAUGUACGGACCCCAGGACUUGUGGCAUCAUGUUGACUGCUUUGUGGACAAACGAGACGAGCUUGGCUUUACUGAACAGUCAGACCCUUCAAUAAUCAAAGGAUUUGCCAAACUCAAGCCAGAGGACAAAGAAUUGCUCUAUGCCAAACUUGGCAAGGGGAAAAAGGCGGAAAAACGCAAAGGAGAUGACAAGAAAGACGCUGGUGGGAAAAAGGCAAAGAAGGAAGAAACGGAAGAAGAAAAGACGUUGAAGGAGCAGAGCAAGUUGCUGUGGGAGUACCGUGACAAGCUCUCCAAAGAUGUCUCCAACAAUGCCAUGAAACUGUUGCUAGAGCUGAAUGGUCAAAGUAUUCCGUCAGGAGAAAGCAAAGUAUUGGAUACUGUUGCUGAUUGCCUUGCCUUUGGAUCCUUGGAUAAAUGCCUUGAGUGCAAAGAUGGGCAGUUGUACUAUACAGCUGAAGGCUACAAAUGUUCAGGGAAUGUGACCGAGUGGACCAAAUGUAUGAACACCACAAAAGUGCCCAAACGAAGAGCUUUUAAAGUCCCCAAAGAAUUCCAUGAUGUUCCAUUCUUGAAGAGCUACAAGUACGUCAAAAGAGAACGGGCAUUCCCUCAGCUAUCUGUGGCUUCCUCUUCUGGUGUGGUCAGCUCCUCUCUAGACUCUGUGGAUGGACUAAGUAGUGAAAAACCGCUGCAAGACUUGAAGUUUGUCAUUCAAGGGAAGCUGGGGAAGAGCAAAGCUCAAGUGACCAGUGACAUCUCCAAGAAGGGAGGCGUGGUAGUGACAAAGGUGGACAAAAAAGUGGCGGCUGUCAUCAGCAACAAAGAUGAAGUCAAGAAAAAAGGUAAAGUGAUCAAAGAGGCAGAGGAAAAUGAGGUACAUGUGAUUAGUGAGGACUUCUUGGAGGCUUGCCAGAAGGGAAAUGUGGCGAAACUGAUUGCUGAGCACAGCAUUGCUACCUGGGGCUCCAAUGUUGAGAAGAGAAUUGGCCAGAGACCAAUGAAGAGUGCACCAAAGAGUGGCAUGACUGCCAAGGAAGAGGAAAGAUACACCAAGAGUGUACCGGCCAAGGUGAAAAUGAUGGUGAAGGGUGGCGCUGCCGUGGACCCUGACUCUGAACUGGCAGAAAAAGCUCAUGUGGUGCAGGAGGGCAAUGAGCCACUGACUGCUGUGUUGGGGCUGGUGGACAUUGCCAGGGGAACCAACUCCUUUUACAAACUUCAGGCUCUGGAGGGGGACAACAAGAUGAGCUGGUGGUUGUUCAGGGCCUGGGGCCGAGUGGGCACCACAAUUGGUGGGAACAAAGUGGAACGUUGUGGUUCUUUGGCCUCCGUCAUUCGCAAUUUCAAAGAGAUGUACGGAGAGAAGACAGGGAAUGACUGGGCGGAUAGGAAGAAUUUCCAGAAGAUUCCGAACAAGUUUUAUCCCUUGGAGAUUGACUAUGGCCAGGAUGAAGAAGACAUCAAGAAGCUGGAUCUGGCAUCCUCAAAAUCAUCUCUGCCGAAGAAUGUGCAGGAUCUCAUCUGCAUGAUCUUUGACGUGGAAAGCAUGAAAAAAGCCAUGUUGGAGUUUGAGAUUGACAUGAAGAAGAUGCCCCUUGGGAAGCUCUCUAAGAGACAGAUUCAGUCAGCUUAUUCGGUCUUGACAGAGCUGCAAAGGUUCAUUGAAAAUGAAGGGACACAGACGCAGUUUGUCGACGCUACCAACAGAUUCUACACUGCAAUCCCUCACGACUUUGGUAUGAAGAAACCGCCUUUGCUGGACACAGCAGAAGUCAUAAAGCAAAAGACUGACAUGCUUGACAACUUGCUUGAAAUUGAAGUGGCCUACUCGCUGUUGAAAGGAGGGGACGAAGGGGAAGAUCCGAUCACUUCCCACUACAAGAAACUCAAAUGCAAGAUGGAGAACAAAAGUAUUCUUCACCAUCACAGAUUCAUUGUUUACGACACAGCUCAGAUCAACAUGAAGUACCUUUUCAAGAUGAAAUUCAACUACAGGUGGUAGGAGCUGCCUCACAGGGUUAGGGGAAGUCUGCACUUGAACGAUGAGAGGAGACCUGCACUGAGGAAAGAGCCAAGGAAAACAUACAUAAUGCUUGGAUUAUGACUGUGAAUACUAAUGUUGUAUCGAUACAACUGAAAUUAACCGGUGUCUGCGGUGUAGUGGUUAGGCACUUCUAGAAAAUCCAAAUUUGAUUCCUGCUUAAAGAACUUUUUUUAUAGGGUAUCUUGGUCUUUCUGCUGAGACAUUGCAUCCUUCUCUGCCCAGGUUGGCCCAGACAGGCAGGGUCGAAGCCCACCUCCUAAAUGAUUUGAAUUGUGUUUGGGGGGGGGGUGAUGUGCAUGCCUUGUUUUUAUUCCAAAUUGAGAAAUUUCAUUUCUGUUUCUAAAAAUGCAUGUUUACAGUCUUUCUUCUGUAUAUUCCAUGUUGAUAAAGAGUAGCACUUGAUGAACAUUAUAUGCUUAUUGUUUUUCUUUAAAUAGAUAUCAUAAUGACUUA